AUGGCUCACCACCCCGCCACCUCCACUAAACCGGACGAGACACGGCCGAGGCUCACCAACGUCGAAAGCACGAAUAUCGAUCUGUCGACCGUGCUGGGUCGUCCGUCGACCGCACCUCCGGCACCAGCACCGGCACCCGUCAACAACCCGCCGGCCGUAACGAGCUCUCCGCCGCUACCGACAACCAGCCCGGCAACACCACCGGAACCGGCCACGGCUAGAAUACCCACGCCGCCGCCGCCGCAACCAGCACCGGCCGACGUCAGGCCCUUGCGGGCAGAAGGAUCGCAGCUACCGCCCCCGAUCCCGGUGCAAGUGGAGCCCGGUCAUCUCAUUUGGGUACCCCACUUUCACGCGCACGUCUCUCGACAGCACAAAAUGCGGUCAAGGGGCAAACGGUGGCAUAUCAGGUUUAACGCCACGGGCACCGUACGCGCGAUCCGAGAGAUCAAGCCGAAGGCGUAG